AGAAGGCGUACCUUUUGAGCGUUUCAGCAUCAGCGCCUAGGGAGAAUGGAGACGAAUCAAGAUGUGAAUGGAUCCAUUGAAGAUGCUGCAGCUAGAGAUGCUGCAGCUACGGGUUUGCCGUCCUUCGAUGAUCUGUCCAUCAGCGGUGAGCUCCAGGAGGGCCUUCGCCACCUCGAUGUGACACUGCCGGCAGCCAUACAGCGGCGAGCAGUUCCCGAAGGCCUCAGACGCAAGAGUGAGCGUAAGCCACGGCAUGGGUGAAUGAACCCAUCCUAUCAUAGGCUGUGUAUGCCGUGUUGAUCUAUCAAGAUCUGAUCAUCCAAGCAGAUUCUGGCAGCGGCAAGACGAUUGCCUUCCUUCUGGUGGCCCUGCAGAACUUCCUCAAUGACAGGAGCACCGACCCCGCCCUCACCUCCCCCUCCCCCUCCCGCCCCUUCGGUGCGAUAGUUGGUCCGACGCGUGAAGUGGCGCUACAGUUAUCUGACAUCAUGCAGAGGCUCACAUGGCUCAUCAAACCGGUCAGUGGCUGGCUGGCUACAAGGCUGAUGAGGCAGGCUGUGCAUGAGGCGGGGAUGUUUUGUUGUUCAGCGCCCUGUGGUUGUUGGAUUGUUGGGCGGCGUGCCUCUCCACCUGGAGGCUGCGAAAAUGCCCACAGACGGACCUGUGGAUUUUGUCGUGGCGACACCAGGUGAGCAGCGCUGGACAGGCGGGCCUCAGACCUCCUCCAAUGUUUUGGUUCGGUUCAUCAGGCAAGUUGCUGGAGGUCCUUGGUCGUGACAUGCUGCGCUUUGACGAGCUGAGGGUGCUGGUGUUGGAUGAGGCGGACAGGCUGUUGGACCACGAGAUGAGAGCACACAUACGGUGACAUACAAACCAACGAAGAACACCGAUCAUCUCUGAUAGAUGCCUUCUUCCCCCGUGCCCAUCUGUCUGCAUACCACCCAGUCAUUUGCUGGAGCACUGCUGGCGGGACGAGUCCCUUCAGAUCCUCAUCGCCUCAGCGACACUCCACGCGCCGACAGUGACUGUCCUCGAGAGGAUCAUCGAAGGCGUCGCCGCCCUGCGAGGCAUCCCGCCAGAGCACUUCAGCAUCGAGUUCACGCGAGUCCUCGACUGCUCCAUCGGACCCACCCAGAUCGAAGAUGCCGCCCUCACCACUGUACCCGAUGACAGUCGGACGGUCGUGUGCUCUCCCUAUCUGCUCAACGGGACGAGACGAGCAGAGGAUACCAGCGACGAGUGCCCCUUGGCCGUCAGUGAGUGGAGUGUGAGUGACGAUGGCGGCAAUCGGAGAGCGCCGGCGAGCGUUGGCCUGUCCAUCGGGGUCCCUCAAGGUGAGGAAAACACAUUGGAAACACGCUCACAUACACGCGCGUGCAUGUUCGUCUCUGUGUGUCUGUGUGAUGCAGGUGUCAAGUAUUACAGGUGCGUGUGUGAAGACGCCGAGGACGACUACGGCAAGGUGGCUGUGCUGAUCGACCUGGUCUCCCGCUGGCCCUUCGUGCAGGCACUCAUAUUCUGCAACGACCACGCACUGUAUGCGGCUCACCCCACAUAAGGCAUACACACUGGUGACCUGGUCACAUUUCCUGUCUUGCUCUCUGUCUCCCUUGGUCAGCGCAUCUCUCGUGACCAACGAGCUGUCGAAGCUAGGGCUGCAAACAACGUACUCGAGGUAGCCGACGCAGACCUGCAUCGUGUUGCAAAGUGCAUGGGAGAUGUGUGAUGUGUUGGUGUCCGCAGUGAGUGUCUGACGCAGCGUGAGCGGAUGCACUCCUACCGCAAAGUCAAGACCCGCGAGUGCCGCGUGCUGGUCUGCUCUGACUUGGUGAGUGGCCCCAACACCACCUCCCGCUCCUGUCUGGGUGCGGCUGAGGGAUUGCGUGUCGUGCGUUCGUUCAGUUGGCUCGUGGCCUUGACUUCGAGGCUGUUGAUCUCGUCGUCAACCUGGACCUGCCAGAGGUGUGCAUGUAUUUGCCAGGCACACACGAAUGGAUGGACAUCCUGCUGUCUGUAUGUCUGGCUGUCUGUCUGUCUGUCUGUCUGUCCGCAGAGCAAGGAGAUCUUCCUGCACCGCUCCGGACGCGCUGGCCGAUUCGGUACCGUCUGCCGUGCUGUCUCGCUUCGAUCAUUGCCCUUGUGCGUCUGUGUGACACCUGUGUGUCGUGCAGGUCGUGGCGGCAAAUGCGUGUCUCUGAUAACGCCCGACGAGGCGGCCAGCCUGCUAUAUUUCGAGAGGCAGCUGGGCAUGCAAAGCCACACCGUCGCCAGCAACAAUGACGCAUCGGAACCUCCGUCCGAGCAACAGCUGUUUUCUUUGCCUUUUGCCCCCUACCUGCCGCUCCUCGUGGCCGAGUCGCCAGCAGCCCUUGUUGAUAGUGUGGCUUGUUGUGCAAGUGAUGGCGGCUGUGAGGGGAUGAUGGGGGAUGUGUGGGCGAUGCAUCGGGCAGUGUGGGGACAGGGACAGCGGGUGAGAUGAUGCAACAGACCACAUUGACUUGACGUGGCUGGCCGACAUGUGAG